AUGGUUCGAGACAACCCCCGAUAUGCGUUCAGUUGCAGCGCUUUCUCUCCUCAUACGUUUCUCAUCAUCGAAACGCAUGAUGUUUACUCGGAGCAUCCUUAUAUCUACGCUAUUCUUCGGCCUGAAACGAACACGAUACUCCUAAUCGACACCGGUUGCGGAGGGGUUUCUUCUCGACCAGAUGUCGAAGUAAAGGUGCUCAGAGAUUUUCUGGAGACCGUGGACAUUCCAAGUAACCAUGAUCGGCCGCUGAAUGAUGGGGGCCGUUUCGGAUAUAUCGUUGCUCUCAGUCAUUGCCACUAUGAUCAUAUCUUGGGCAUUGAGCCGUUCUGCGUUGGCUCCAAUGGCGCCGCAAGGAUCGUCGCUUCGUCAUAUGACCCUCAUUUUCUCUCCCCCACCCACCUCCCUGAGCAUUCUCUGUGCAACUUUCUGCAUAUCCGCUUGCCACGUUAUACGCCAGUCUUGGUUCCGCACUUCCACCGCAUCGCUGCCCCUUCUACAAGUGACGGACUACAGGACCUCGGAUUCACUGUUCUUCACACACCCGGGCACACGCCCGACUCUCUCGCUAUCUGGGACGAGAAAGAGAGCGUAAUAUACAUAGGAGAUACGCUCUAUGAGGAAGAGCCCAUUAUCUUUCCCAAUGAAGGCUCGAUUCGAGACUGGCUGGACAGUGUGGAUUUCCUGAUACUUUUUAUCAAAGAUCGACAAGUCGGGCAACCCAGGGGAACAGUUAUCCGCGUCAGUUGCGGACAUGCGACAGCUUUCAAAGAGGCUCUUCCAGUCUUGCAGGGCGCCAAAGCUUUCAUUGAAGCCGUCGUCUCUGGCAGGGAGCAAGCGAGGACAAGGCGGUUUAAGAGAGGCGAGGUUAACGCGGAGUACGGUCAAGUUGGAGAUAGGUUCAGAUUAAUCUGUCCGGAGAGGUUGGUGAAAGAAGCAAGCGGUGCACUGCGAUAAGGAGGUCGCUUUGUGUUUCUGCCCUUUCAAGCUAUGUCCCCGUGCCUUUGCUGAAUCCGAGCAGAGAUUCAGUGCUCUCGUACAUCCUGAAUCUGUGAAUGGCAUGACUCAUCGGAUGGUUGUUAUACAGCAUACUAUAAAUUCGGGGUACGCAACCUAUACCCGACAUAUCUAUGCGCUCUUAGAUUGAUUGCUGGAAGACU